AUGUUUGAAGACCUCCACUCUGCCACCUGCACGCCCCCAGUCUGGUCCUCAGACCUGAGCCUGGGCAAGCUUCAGGUGCCUAGAGAGGCUGACGAAGGAGGCAGGGCCACCUCCGGGCGCCCGAGGAAAGGAAAGCGGCAUCACACACCUCAGAACCCGCUUCUGGACUGCAGCCUCUGCGGGAAGGUGUUCAGCAGCGCCAGCUCUCUUAGCAAGCACUACCUGACGCACAGCCAGGAACGGAAACACGUUUGCGGAAUCUGCAGCAAGGCCUUUAAGCGCCAGGACCACCUGACUGGGCACAUGCUCACCCACCAGAAGACCAAGCCCUUUGCGUGCAUGGAGCAGGGCUGCAGCAAAAGCUACUGUGAUUACCGCUCCCUGCGCCGGCACUAUGAGGUCCAGCAUGGCUUGUGCAUCCUAAAGGAGGCCCCCCCUGAGGAAGAAGCCUGUGGGGACUCCUCUCCUGCCCACAAGGUGGCCAGCCAGCCUGCCAUGGGUGGCCUGCGAUUCUCAGGCUCCCUUUUGCCCAACCGAGACCUCCUGCGCUGUAUUGUGAGCAGCAUGGUCCACCAGGAGAUCUCUUCUCCUGGCCCGGUCCUGGCAGGGCCUUCAGAUGACAGGGAAGGGAAAAACACAGCCUGCCCCUGCCCACCCUCACUGGGGCCCUACCCCUGCACCCCAGUGGCCCCAGGGACCCUGGGCAGUGAUGUUCCUGAGGAGUGUCACCCCCUGUGGAAGGAGCCCACCGCUGGGUUCACAGCCACUCACUCCAGGGAAGCAGAGGAUGGUGGUCCAGACCCAGCUGAGGCAAAGCGGCCGCCCCAGCUACCGCCCACCCUGGAGAGCGGGCAGGAGGGUGGGACCCUGCCGGCCGGCCUGCCUCUGUUCCAAGGCCAGGCAGUGCCUGCCAGUGCCGAGCCUUCAAACCACAACCUCCAGUGGCUCCAGAACCUGCCAGGCUGCCCCGAGAGCGAAGGGAAUGAUGUGUUUGCCAUCCAGAAGCCCACUUCUGUGUCCCCUCAGGAGUUCUCCGAGGCUGGGCCCAGGCCCAGCAGCACCUCCCUGACGGGGGAGGCCUCAGGCAACCCUGAAUAUGCCGGCAAGGAAGAGGACUCCAGGGCUUCCAAGAAGAGCAAGUGUGACAGUGACUCCUGCUCACGGCAGCACGUGGAGGAGCCCAGCCUCCAGGAGGCCCUGAAGCUGAGCGGGCUGUCGUCUGACGCCACGCCGCUCUUAGGGCAGUUGUUCCUAAAGUCGCAGGAGUUUCUGGUCAGUCAAGAGCAGAUGCAGGUGUUCCAGAUGAUCACCAAGUCCCAGCAGAUCAUCUCUGGCUCCCACGUGGCUGUGGCCUCCUCCCAGCAUGCUGCGCCUGAGGGCAAGCAGGCUGCGCUGAAGCCACUGCAGGGGCCGCGGCCACACCAGCCCCCACCCCUGGCACCCACAGUUGACUCUUUGCAUGGUGGCCCUGCAAACCCAGAGCAAGAGGGAUCCCCACCUGGCAAGAGAAAAACCACGCCCGCCUUCCCCAGAGAGGCCUUGCCCGGCAGCAAUCGACGGGACACGAAGGGGGGACCAAAAGUGGCCCCUGCACCAUCGGAACCCCCCGGGGACCCAGACAUCCCCUCUCUGGCCAAGCAGCUGAGAUCCACAAAAAGGCCCUUAGACCUGGGGGACAUCCUCCCCACAGGGGGCCCAUGGCAGACCCAGCUGGGUGGGGACAAUCCUGCCGGAGCCCAGCUCCCAGGGAAGCAGGCCCAGGUGGAGAAUGGCCUGGCCUCGGGGGCCAUGAAAGGUGCGAAGGGCCUGGCCUGCUCCCGGGGCAGAGGCCGCAGGCUCUUCUCUGGCAACAUGUGGGCCCAAUGUUUCUUGGACUUCCAGAAGGAGAAGGUGAAAAUGGAUACGCACUGUGCGGCCUCUCCCAGCCAGGUGGCCAUGGCCUCCUUCUCGUUGGCCAGGCCUUCGGUGGACACCCCGCAGGACUCAAAGUCCAAGCUGAUGAUACCCAGCAGGACCCAGGGUGGAAAUACCUUCCGGCUCCCCGAUCCAGUGAAGGAGGAGAGCACGGCAGGCGGAUGUAACCAGCAAAAUGGAGGCCCUGCAGACUGGGCAGAGCCAAGGAGCACGUAUGUCUGCAAGAAUUGCAGCCAGAUGUUUUAUACAGAGAAAGGGCUGACCAGCCAUAUUUGUUUUCACAGCGACAAGUGGCUGUCACCUCGAAGGAAGCAGGACCAACAGGUGUCAGGCACGGAGUUUUUCAAGCCUCUGAGACAGGUGCUGAGGCUGGAGGUGGAGGCACAGAGCUCCGCAGGAGCCGGGAAGCCCUCGGAGGGCACGAGCACAGCUCCUCUGAGGACGCCUGCAUUGGAACCUGUGAGCUCAGUGAGCCGGCCCCCGGGAAGCACAGCCAAGGGACAAGACAGAGACGGGGAGGAGAGAGACAGCAAGGAGAGCAGCCAGCUGAGAAGGCGGAGAAAGUACCCACAGCCCAAGGCAUCAUUCCUGCUUCCCCCACCUUCUGCCUUUGGAGGGCCGGGCCCCAAAGGAAGCCACCAGAGCUGUCUGCGGUCUCCGGUGCUUCUGGUGGACCACUUCAUGAAGGGAUUGUACCAGUGCUCUCCCUAUACGCCGCCCCCAAUGCUCAGCCCUAUCCGGGAGGGGUCUGGGCUGUAUUUAAACUGUUCCAUGUCCACUCAGUCUGGUCUUGACAAACUCAGCAGCAGCAAGCUUGAUCAAGUGGAUGACUCUUCUCGCAUCCGUGUGAUCAAGGAUGACACCAAGCCCCACGUUCGACCACACAUCAGCAUAGGAAGCGAGUUUCAGGCCGAGAUCCCGGAGCUCCAGGAGCGCCCUCCAGACGAGCCCGGUGAACAUGGAGCUUCUCUGGUCUGGAAGCCAUCGGAUGACAUGAUGACCAAUCCAGAAACACAGGAUAGAGUGACUGAGCUCUGCAAGAUGGCCUCCAGCGCAAUGCCAGGAGGGGGCACCAACCUGGAGCUCGCUCUGCACUGCCUGCACGAGGCCCAGGGCGAUGUCCCGGUGGCCCUAGAGACCCUCUUACUCAGCGGACCCCAGAAGCCACCGACUCACCCGCUGUCUGACUAUCACUACGCAGGUUCAGACGUCUGGACCUCCCAGGAGAAGGUUCUGUUUAAUAAGGCAUUCCAGGCUCACAAAAAGAACUUCCACUUGAUACACAAGAUGGUCCGGACAAAGACAGUGGCCCAGUGUGUAGAAUAUUACUAUACCUGGAAAAAGAUGAUCAAGUUUGACUGUGGUCGGGCCCCAGGACUGGGAAAGGGGGUCAAAAGAAAGUUGGAUGAGGCAGACCCAACAGAAAGAAAGGCCACUUGCAGCCCUAAGGAGAGACCCAACCGCCGUCCAACCCGUGAGUUGAAGAUAGAAACGGAGAGUUGCAGGGUAGAAUCCGUCAUCACCACCAGCCCAAGUGCUGGUCCCAAGCGGACCCCUGAGCCUCCGGGGCAUGUCCAGGGCCAAGGCGCUUUUCCCUGCAGGGAAUGUGAGAGGGUAUUUGACAAGAUCCAGAGUCGAAAUGCCCACAUGAGGCAGCACCGGCUUCAGGACCCCGUGGAACCAACUGUCAGGGCAGAGAGACCAGCGAAGGCCUUUAAGCUGAAAGAGGAGGAGAAGGAGGAGGAAGGGGAGAUGGGGGCUGACAUGGGCCCCUUGCAGGGGUGAUUUGGGCCGUGAGCCGGGGCAAGGGAGCAAGUCAUCAGGAUGACGACCUCGGGCCCUGUCACCU